GAUGGAGGAGAAACUGUCCGAUGAAGAGCUCUUGGACCUUAUUCCUACCUUAGAGAAUGGGGAUUUCUUUCCAAUCGGUCUCAAGUUGGACUACGAUAAGGAUACCCUUAAUCAAAUCAGAGGUGAUCAUCAAAAUGAUGUAAGCGCGGCUUUCAAGGCUCUCUUCCUAAGUUGGGAGAAUUACGUCACACUCUCACCCAAAGCUGCCAGAUUGAUGCUAGCCGAUGCGCUCAAGUUUGUAGAGAGGAAGGAUCUUGCCGGCAGAGUGACAGGCGAACCGACAAACGGUGAAAAGGAACGUGUUGAAUACAUGUGCAAGAAACACAGCUUCAGAGAAGCCUCCUACUACUGCAAGCAGUGUAAAGAGAACAUAUGUGAGCGAUGUCUGGAGGACGAACACCAAACCAACAACGUCAUACCCGUCAAUGACAUGCACAUCAAGAUCAAACACGAGCUGAAGAGUUGCUUUGAUCGCGUGAACCAAGCCAGGGAUCGCCUGGAGAAGAUAAGGGGCGAUAGGAAAGGCGGCAUGAGCGGUAUGAUUACCAAGACACAAGUCGGUAUCCAGGUCAUGCGUGAAGGCAUCUACAAAGUGUUCUCCGAAGCGCACAACAUGAUGGCCCGGGAGAGGGAUGCGCUGAUCGAGAAGGCCAAUGUUCUGGAGAGGUCGGCAAACCCGGAGGUGUAUGGGUUCGCCUUGUCAAAGCUGAAGAAAUGCGAGCUGGCCUUGAUGGAGGUGAAGGAGAAAGCACAGUUUGUCAACGACGUGACGAAGUUCGAAGCUGCGUCGCAAAAGAUUGAUGUCAUCCUGAAUGCUUGCCUUGACAGGGGCCCGCUGAUGAACCUGAACAAGCUGGAUAUGAAGAUGGUGGCGUGUCCUUCUGUUUACCUAGGACACCUCGAGGAAGUCUCAGGGUGGGACUUUGUGGAGCAGUUUGAUCUCCCCGACGACAAGAAGGAAGAGAUGAACGUCUGUAUCAAGUUGACGGACCGGAAGAUCGUGGUCGGUUACAGGCUCGGUGGUGCGGAUAUCAUAGAUCUUGACACCAAGAAGACAAGCAGAAUAGCCUAUGAUGUGAGAAUCAGCAGUAUGGCUCUGAUGAGCUCUGGACACAUCAUUUUAUGUACGACAGACAACAAGCUAGGCAUGAUAACACAAGCAGGACAUAAAAUGUCUUCGUUCUUCUUCACGCAAAAGACCAACAAACCAUGCUGCGUGUGCGUCGAUGACAAGGACACGAUAUACAUGGGUUACUCCGAGUUCAGCAACAUCGAGGUCUUUGAGACAACCGGAGGAUUCUUGAGGAACAUCGGCACCAUCCUGCAGCCAUGGUGCAUGUCCAUCAUGAAGUCGGGCCACAUCGCUGUCACCGAAUGCACCGUAGGUCUUCGUGAUGCUGUCGAGAUCAUGAGCCAGGAAGGUCGUCCGGUGGGGCACAUCAUCGGACGCUUGGGAUGCUCCCCAUUCUCCUGCAUCGACGAGGCGGGGAACAUCUUUGUAGCGAUGGUAACCAACGAUGGGCGGUGCACUCUCAGGAAGUAUUCUCCGACUGGAGAUCAUCUGGAGACAGUUGUGGAGGAGCUUCAGCUGGAGUGGCAUGAGAAUCGCGAGUGGCUCCAGCUUGCCAGUCUCUCACCCAAUGAACUUGUUCUAUGUGAUAGAGGUUCCGUAUAUGUCUACAGACGUAGACCAACACUGUCGAUGAUGACAACAAUUAUAGGCUCAAAUUAAUCACACCUGACAUUAUGUUCGUUGUACCCACCAAAGGCAACGCUAGACCAAUGAUGUGGAUUUGACUCCAUUCAAAAUAGUCUGUGGCAAAUGUUGAUUCUUUAGAGCUUUAUUGGAAUUUGCAAAAAAAAUUACUUUUCCUCGUUUGCCUGAAUAUUCAUCUCUAUUCAUAAAAAGUGAAAAU